AUGGAUGACGUCGCUGACCUCGUCGUCACGCCUUUUCGUGACAUUGUCGACAAGGGCCGUACAGCUGUUGAGAAUGCCGGCGACGACAAGGUCAUGCUCAAGGCCGCUCAGAGCCUCGUCAAAGAAGGCGAGCGAGCCCUCAAGAGAAUCGAGCCUCUCUGCCGUAAGCAUCUUGACGAAUAUGGCUCCAAUUUCCUCGACGCCCUCAAGGAGAAUGACUUUGAACCCGAAAAGUUUGCCGAGCUGCAAGGUCUUUCGCGAAAGGCGGCUCCCAAGAUCUACGACAUCUUAAUGCGCAUGAAGCUUGAGGUGCCUAUCGACCAUGAUACCCGCUCCAUCAUGACACGCCUUUCCGGUCCGCAAUCACGUCCAAUCUCCCCAGACGCUCCUCCGAUCCCACCACUGUUUCCAUUCUCAGACAUGAGAAAGGAUUCAGCUUCUCCCGCUAGCGUUCAACGUAGCGCUCCCGAGUCUGUUGCCGACUCCCGCUCCGUACAUGAUCCCCCAACCGUCGAAGCAGCUACAGCCCAGCUACGGCAUCUGAUGCAGACGCAAUCCGGUCCGGACGAGGGCCUAUAUGCCAAUAUUCCAGACUCACUCAAGCCUGGGCCUCCACAAGGGCCGCCUCCUAUGGAGCCGCCUCCAAGACCUCCCUCGACGAACCCAUGGGACGUCAAGACUUCGCCACAACAGCGAGAGCAGCGCUUCCCAGACGACUUUUCCUUCGAGAGGAGGGCACCUGUGGCACCGGUCGAAUCCCCAAUCGAGCCAAUUUCGCCGCCUCUCAGUCCGCAGCGGGCUAGAGAGUCCCCGACGUCUCGACCACGACCUCUAUACAUGGGUUCAGACCGUUCAUCUCAAAUCAGCAACGAUUCGAGACUCAGUCCAACAGGCGCUGAGCCCUCGUCGUAUGAGAGGACUUAUAGCAUCUUCCCUACUCCUCGAGGCCGAUAUUCAAACGGAAACUCCAUCAUGUCUACCUCCAUUCCUGAGGAUGUUGCGUCGGAUAGAUCCAGCGCAGGCUACAUCGCUCAACUAUCAUCAAGGCUCCCCCCACCUCGAACUCACUCGUUACCAAAGUCUCGUCCAGAGUCGGUCGAGACUAACCAGAGCUCCGUUUUUGAUCCUGCCAGAACUGACGGAGUAAACACACCCCUUACAGAUCACCGCGGGUCUGCUGUUUCGGCUGCCGACUCGAGUCCAACUCUCGGUUCUUCUGAACUAAGCUCUCUCCCGCUCAAAGCUCCUCCGGUAAACAACUACCAAGGCAUGGUUGAGCUGCCUCAGGUUGUGCGGAUGCCUGAAAUCGACAAUCUUCCUAUCCCUGUCGAGACUGAGAUACCCACGCCCGAGCACCCUCCAAACCCAUUUGCCGUUGAUUGCAAGCUCAGCCCCCAGAGGGCGGGUGUUAAGAAGACGGUUAAGGCUGGCUUCGCUUCUGCUGCUUCGAUUGCAAAGUGUGUCAAGUGUCACUUUGAACUUGACUUUAACGAAAUUGACUUGGACGUCAACAAAGCAGCACGCGGCAACUUUAUCAAGAAUGGCAUUGGUUACCGUAUCAGGUUCCUCCAGAAGAGCCAUCUGCCGACACGACGCUCUGACGAUGUCAUGUAUGGAUGCAUCUUUUGCAUUCACCAAGGCAGAACUCUUCAUGCCAGUGACGCAACAGUCUUUGUCUCCCAAAAGGCCCUGUUUGCCCACUUGGCUCGUCACCCAAGACCUCUACCAGCCGUUCCCGGAUUCACAGUCAUUGAAGAGGCCGAAGUGCCAGAUCGAUAUCGAAAUGACUAUGACCUUCACUUCAAGAGCCCUGCCGAGACACAUCCCGUGGUGGAAAAGUCAAACGAGAUCUGCAACAUGCCUACGGCUACGUCUAAGGAGGCUGCACGUCGGAUGUACGGUCAGAGACUCUUGUAUGAUCGGACGCCUGCUCUUGAGAUGGUGCAAGGGGCGAGGAUCACCGGCAUCGAGUGGCCGGCAAAAUACUUGGGUGAGUGGUGUAUGGGCUACCAUGAUGCUGUUCACGCCUCUGUGCCGUUUGAGAUUAUGAGGCUCGAUCCUCCGUCUCCUGAGAAUAUCAGGAUGGACGGGACUAGUCCAACCCAAGUCACGGCGAGGUGGAGGUUCAACGUCAAGGAUAAGACAAAGGGUGAUUGGCUCAAGUUUGAAAAGGACGAGGUCAUCACCAAUAUCAGCUAUCCAUAUCAAGAGUUUUGGUGCUGGUCUGGAACGAACCAGAAAGGCAAAUGGGGAAUAUUCCCACAAGCCUUUAUCGAUAUCGGUACACUAAGAGACUUUGGCGUUGGCUCCGACCGAGCAAGCGUCAUUAGCAGCGAGAAGAACAAGCCCACAGGCGGCGUCUUGUCCCGAUUCUCAACUCGCAAGUCGGGACGAUCCGGGAGAAGAAGCAGCGUAGCGGGUUCGGUGGGAAGUAACGAGAUACUACCCCCUCCGACACCAGUCCCAGGCAUGUACGGACGGGAGUGACUGGAUCUAGGGAAGAUAUAACGGAUGAUGGGAUAUGGGUAAUGACGAGCCACGCUUGAGUGGUCGUAUGGAUGGAUGGGCGUCGGGAAUAACUGGUUGAUAUACCCCAAUGAUCUUGGUUUCCUUUGUUCUUUUUUCCCCCUUUGCUGCAUAUCUUUCAUCUUGUAUAUUUUUGUCAGGUUUACCAAGCAUCGGGUCUAAAGGACUUGACAACUGACAGUGUAGAAUAGAAAUCGAGCCAUAUCUGUAUGGCUUUGACGAUG